ACUCGCCUUAAACACGACGUCACCUCCGUACAGUGGCGUCAAGAGGAAGCGAUCUUCUUGCUGGGCUACUGGCAUCAGUACACAUGAAUGAUAUAAUGUAGUUGUCAUCAAGAUUAAGGUGAUAGUUUAUACUGCUGUAAACGUGUUGAACUAAGAUCAGUUUCUACAGUCAAAGCACCAGCUUUCAGGUAGUACUGGCUUGUAAGCCAGGCAGCAAAACCGAUUACUAUUGUUGUAAAGCGAACGUUAGCACAGGUAGCUAGCAAGCUAGCUAGCUUGCUUUAUAGCCGUGUGAAUUCCUUUCCCCCCCCAUGCAUCAAUAAUCUUAACAGAAUGUUUCGGAUAUCUGUCAGCUACAUUUUACUCGGCGGACAAUUUUUAUUGCUGAUAACUGUCUUGUUGUUGCAAUGCCUGGAGGGAAUUUACUCUCAGAAUUCAUCCGACACUCCUGGAAAUGGAGUUAACGUUACGUUAUCAGCAACAACAGCCACAUUUGUGGACCAAGCUGACAACGUUACCAAUGCUACAGCAGUGGAACCUGUGAGUGAUUCGGAACCGUAUGAAUACAACGGAGAAUCACCAGUUGUCCUCUGUCGUUAUUUACCUGACGAGUUUGUAUUUUGUCAAGAACCCGUGGACCACGCAGGUAACGUCACUGCAUUUCAGGAACUGGGGCACGGGUGCGUUAAGUUCGGUGGGCAGGUGUACAAGGAUGUCAAUCAUACUGCCGUGUGGUGCACCGCCUUGGAUGACAUUGAAUGUGCUGGACCAAAAGAGUUUUUGAGAGGAAACGAGCCAUGUAUCAAGUACACAGGACACUACUUCAUCACCACACUGCUCUACUCCUUCUUCCUGGGCUGUUUCGGGGUCGACCGCUUCUGUCUCGGUCACACGGGCACAGCGGUUGGCAAGCUGCUCACCUUGGGCGGCCUUGGCAUCUGGUGGUUCGUCGACCUGAUUCUGCUGAUCACAGGAGGUCUGAUGCCAAGCGAUAGCAGCAACUGGUGCACCUUCUACUGACAUUGGGAAUUUGGUCAGGCAGAGCAGAAGAGAGCAGAGCAGAGCAGAGCUGAGGCCCUGUAAAAAGCAGACGCUGCUUGGGUUGCACCAAGGAGAGUUCUAUAUGUUUUUUGUGCACAUCUGCAUGCAUUAAAGCUGCUUUAGGAUGUUUUGUUUGGUUGCUUCUUCUAGUGACUACUCACUCUCCGCACCAUGGGUCUUGAAAGACUGAGAAGACAAGUCUUGUCUGGACAGACUUAUGUUGGCCUCUUACGCACAUACUGUAUAUUUGCGGUCUUAUAUAAUGAAUAUUGUAUGUCUGCCAAGCCCUCUCCUGACAUGGCAUCUUGUGUUUUUCUUUUUUUCUUUUGUUUUAUUAUUUUUUCCUGGGUUUGCUGCCAAUUUGGCUGUCAAUCCCCCCUUCAUUGCUUUUAAACCUGUGACACAUUUUCAAUCAGCCUUCGGUUUUGGGUAUUGUCACCCUUCAAUGGUGUUGGAUCUGAAUAGAUAGAUUCUCCUCAGGUAUUUGUUUAAAAAUUCUCUUGCCAAAUAGGAUGAAAAUAUUUGCAUGAAAUGCUGGAAGGCCUCCAGUGUAAACACUGCCUCCCUCAGCGGAACUGUUGUGUUUUCCAUGAAGGACGAAUGGAGGGUUCAGAAAAUACAGCUGGAAAACGACCAGCAUUCGGCAACUAAAAACCAGUGCUGUUUGACUGGGCUUUGUCUUCUAGGCUUAGCUGAGAAUUUUUUUUUGCUCGUACUAUUGGUAAGCAAUGUGGUUUCCAUGGACUUCAGGAGGAUUCUUCAAGUUAUUCACUGAUGCUUUCUAUGAGCAGGAUUUCAGGAUUCCUUGUAGAAUUCUCAUAGUCACAGUCUACAUUCAGAAGUCAUCAAGAGUCAUGGCGGGAGUCCUUACAGUUAAACCUUGAAUGUAGGGUGUUUUUUUUAAUAAUAAGUGUUUUUUUUUUUUUUUUUACUCUAUUUAUUAUUACUGAUUUUGUUUGAAUUGUGCAGUAAGUGCAGACUAUGCUUUUGGUUGUAUUUUGUUGACAGUAGAAAUCUCUCAGCCUCAUGUAUUUUCUGUUGUAAUAUUUAACAUUGAAAUAUUAAAGUGACAUUGUCUUUCACUGAAA